AUGAACAAUAGUUCAGAGGAAAAUAUUAGCGACGAAUUCGAAACUAUAGCUAAGGAAACAUUAGAUAGAAUAAUUGAAAUAAUCGAAAACGAGAAUAAUUUAGAAAUUGACGUAAACAAUACUGAUAGCGAAAUAAUUGACAACAUAGAAAUACAUAACUUAGACGAAGAGUUAGACACAUUUAACGAAGAAAUAAUUAACGAACGUAUAGAGAUCAAACCAAUAAGUAGUGAUAUAUUAAAUAAAAGUUUAAGAUUAAUAAACCUAGAGGAGUUUGAAAAUAGUCCUACUACUGGCACAAUUCGCCAAGGUUUACGAAGUAAUAGAAAUACUAUUCACACCGAAUAUAUACAACCGAAAAGAAUAGUCAAAGCUAAGAAAAUGACAGACGGUACCGAUAUGAAACCGAUAAGCGCGUUAGACGCAAUCAAAUUAUUUCCUAACUAUUCAGGACAAUCCAAAAUAUAUCCAUUUUUAAAUGCCUGCGAAGUAAUUAUAAGUACGGUAGACUCAGAACAGCACCCUUUCAUGUUAAAAAUUAUAGCAGCUACUAAACUAUCAGACAGAGCUUUUAGCGUAACCAGAUAUAAGGAAAUUAUAGAAUGGGGCGAUAUGAAAAAAAUAUUGUUAGACGCAUUCGAAACUCCCUACGGAGCAGCUAACUUACAAAUCGAAUUAAACAUAGUAAAAACAAAACAUAAUGAAACCAUAUGCGCGUACAAUAAUAGAGUAGAAGAAAUAUAUCAGAAACUAUGUAACACGGUAGCCAUAGACAAAACACCCACCGAAGCAAAAAUAUUACGUGACAAUAUUAGGGAACAAGCGUUAGUCAGUUAUAUAAACGGUUUAAGCGACCAAAUAAAAUUCGAAGUAAAAACAAAAAAUCCUACUACUCUCGAACAAGCAAUGCAAAUCGCGUUAAUUACCGAAAAAAAUAUUCGUACAUAUAAUGAUGUACAAGACAUUUUCCGCGCAAAUAAUACGUAUAGCAAUAGAAAUACGCAUCAAAAUAGACAAUUUAACAAUAAUAAUCAAAACACAGCGUACAACUAUCGUAACAACGACAAUAACAAUAAUAUAAACAGAAACAAUACCUACGAUAGGAAUACUAAUAGAAACCCCAAUCCGAGGAACAUCAAUUUUAAUGUUAAGCGUUGUCAUACGUGCAAUCGCGAAGGACAUUUUUCGUCACAAUGCCGAACGAAAAAUGUCGCGUAUAAUAGUAGACCACCCAAUCAGAAUAAUUUCCACGAGAAUCCGAGUUAA